AUGAGCGCACUCACCAUCCCUCGAAUGGCUACCCGCCUCGCCCCCAGAACAUGGACAUGCUCGACUUGUCAGGGUCAAUUGGCCACCGCCAAGUCAGUCCCGUUCCGUGGAAUCAGACAGUUUGCUUCGGCGAGGGGUUCAUCGCAAGGGUCAAGCGGGAAUGCUCGCGGAGGCUCGCGAUCUCGGAGGGUGCUGUUGUUCGCCUCUGCCAGCGCGGCUGGUGUGGCGAGCACUGCACUUGCUUUUACGGAUGAAAUCAGGAAUAGCUAUGAGUCUAUGGAGCGAACGGGGAGAGUCGUCGCAGCGCUGGGAAUUUGCAUCAAUGAUUACCGGACGACGUUGAAUGCGAAAGCUACUAUACAAGACGAGGAGGAGCAGACCAAAAUCUUGCAGGCGUGCCACAAACGGUGCGCUGAGAGGACAUUCAAAGUAUUGGAGAAGAAUGGAGGCAUUUUCAUCAAAUUAGGACAACACCUGAGCGCCAUGAAUUAUCUAUUACCGCCCGAAUGGACAACAACAUUUAUCCCUUUACAAGAUAAAUGCCCUGUUUCAUCGUUCCAAUCGAUCGAAGAGAUGUUCCGCAGAGACACCGACGGCGAGCUAUGGGAUUUGUUUUCCGAGUUCUCAAGUGAACCAAUUGGCGCGGCGUCACUCGCACAAGUCCAUCUGGCGACUCUGAAAGACUCUGGCGAAAAAGUAGCCGUCAAAGUGCAGCAUCCGGACCUCGAGGCGUUUGCGCCCCUGGAUCUCGCCCUCACGAAGUACACCUUUUCAACGCUGAAGCGAUUCUUCCCCGAAUACGACCUCGAAUGGCUCUCUUCCGAGAUGGAAGUAUCGUUACCCAAGGAACUCGAUUUUCAGGAGGAAGCAGACAAUGCGCGGCGCAUGAAGGCACACUUUGCCAAAGUCCCCGAGCUGCCCCUCAUCAUCCCCCAAGUCAUCUGGGCCAAGAAGCGCAUCAUCGUCAUGGCUUGCGAAUCCGGCGCCCGGCCCGACGAUUUAGAGUACCUGGACAAGAAUGGCAUCGACCGCGAUGAGGUCGCAGCGACGCUCGCGCGAGUCUUCAACGAAAUGAUCUUCGGGGACGGUGCCCCCUUGCACUGCGACCCUCACGGCGGCAACAUUGCCAUUCGCAAAAACGAUACUCGCCGGGGCAUCGGCCGCGGUCCUAACUUUGAUGUCAUCCUCUACGAUCACGGCUUGUACAGAGAUAUCCCGCUGCCGUUGCGCCGGUCCUACGCCAAGAUGUGGCUAGCAGUCAUUGACGGCGACAUGGACCGCAUGAAGGAGUACUCGCGCGAGGUCGCCGGCAUCAACGACCAAGACUUCCCCCUCUUCGCGUCCGCCAUCACAGGACGAGACUUUAGCGUUGUCAGCAACCAAGGCUCCAUUCUGCAGACGCGCAGCGCGGAUGAAGAGCAAAAUAUGAGUUCGUCUCUUCAAGAGGGCCUUAUAGUUGAUCUGGUCCAGAUGCUGAGCCGCGUACCGCGCAUUAUCCUUCUUAUUCUCAAAACCAACGAUUUAACACGAAGUCUGGACGAGAGCCUGCAGACUCGGCAGGGACCCAUCCGAAGCUUUCUCAUUCUCGCGCGGUACUGCACCCGGACCGUCUUCUACGAACAACUGGAGCAGAUCCGGGACAGGGGGUCGCUGCUCUGGCCGCCGAAUGCGGUGAGGGUGUUUGCCGCUUGGCUGGGGUACCUGCGGGUUGAGGUGAAGCUGGAAGCUUUCGAGCUUUGGCUGGGUGUGAAGAGGGUGCUUGGGAUGAAGGUGAAUUUUGCGAGUGGCUCGCAGCUGUAG